CAAGGUGUACCGUAUAUGCCUAUAAUUAUAAUAGUGUAAUAAUUUUAGUUUAAUAAAUAUAAAUAUUAAAUGAAACAAUUAAAAAUAAUAAAAUAGAUUAAUCAUUGUUUUGUCUCUUUUUCUAAAAAAUGUACAUUUUACUUUGCUUAACUUGAAAAUUUGACUUGAUAGUUAAUACCUACCUAAUUAAUUAUUGUAAAAUUUUUUAUAUUUUUCUAAAUACGCACAAUUUAAAAUGUUUAAAAAUAAUAUAAUGUUGACAGUUAAUACUGUUAAUUAUUGUACGAAGAAAAUUCAAAAUUCAUCAAUAAGUUCAUCCUUUUGUUUUAUCCAAUAAAAAUCAUCUGCAAUGGCAUUUCUUUCGUGUAUAAAAUUAUGGUUUUCCAUUUUGGUAUCUAUUAUUACAAUAAUCAUUUUACAAAAUUUAUUACCAGUUUUAUCAAAUUUGAAUCAAAAUGUUUCUUCAUUGAGUACAUUUAUUAAUAAUAGUCUUGGAUAUUGCUUAAUAUUAAUCCCUGGAUAUUGGCUUUACAAAUUUGCAAAAAAACAAGAUUUGGGAGAUAACCAGUUAACAAGUAGAUUGUUAAAAACAUUAUUUGGGGAUAAGCAUGAUUUAGAACCAGAACAACCUUUAUCGCCAAGUUACAAUGGACCAGCUAAUUUUAGAAAAGAUAUAAUAACCUUUGUAUACUGUUUUGGAGGCUUGCAAGUAUCUUAUUUAAUUUGGGGUGUUAUUCAAGAAAAAAUGAUGUCUGAGAACUAUGGUACGAAUGAAGCUUCAAAGUUCCACGAUUCCCAAAUGUUGGUAUUUUUGAAUAGAGGUUUAUCUACAGUUUUAUCUGGUAUAUUUUUAUUUAUGAAUGAGGGAAUACGAUCUAAAAAAUCACCACCGUUAUAUAAGUACAGUUAUUGUACUGUAUCAAAUAUUAUAAGUUCUUGGUGUCAAUAUGAGUCUCUCAAAUAUGUCAGUUUUCCUACUCAGGUAUUAGCAAAAACUUGUAAAAUUAUCCCAGUUAUGUUAAUGGGAAAAUUAAUGUCUGGUAAAAAGUACCAAUACUACGAGUAUGUCACGGCAGUAGGAAUUUGGAUUGGUAUGGCUAUAUUUCAAUUUUUCACAGAAAAUAAACAUUCUGACAUUACAACUUGUGCAGCCGGAGUUAUCUUGCUUGUUGGAUACUUAGCAACAGACAGUUUCACAUCAACGUGGCAAGGGAAAAUGUUCACACAAUACCAGGUUACUUCUAUGCAAAUGGUUUUCGCUAAUUCAUUACUAUCGUCACUUCUUACAACUAUACCACUGUAUCAAGUGGGUUCAUUCAAAAAAACAUAUGAAUUUAUUAAAGAGUAUCCAGCGUUUUUAACUGAUUGUAUAGUUUUGUCUGUAAGCUCGGCAUGUGGGCAACUAUUCAUUUAUAAAACUAUUUCUAAAUUUGGACCAAUCGUGUUGACUAUUAUAAUGACCAUAAGACAAGGUCUAUCAAUAGUAAUUUCCUGCAUAAGAUAUCAUCACCCUGUUGGUAUAAUGGCUGCACUUGGAAUUGUUUUUGUUUUCAUUUCAGUAUUUGUACGUUGCUAUUGUCAUUUCCGUAUUAAAUCAAAAAAAGUUCCUAAUCAUACAACAUUCAAAGUAUAAAUGAAGUAGUGAUACAAUGCCAAAGAAAACUUGAGUUGCUUGAAGCAUAAGUUGUAUGCAUCCUAGAAUAUUUUCCAGCCGAAAAGUUCUUUGUUGCCACAACAAAAAAUACAGUACUCCUAUUGCUGAUGGUACAGUCAGAAUGAGUGAAAGGACGACACAAAUUGCUUUGUCGGCCGCAUUGUCCCGGCGUGAUAAGAACGUACGAAACACUUCAAUGAGACAGAGAAACACAAAUACUGUCAUAUUAGUCCCGAGUUCAUUUAGAGAAACUGUCUUUUUUUGAGCAUCAUCAAUUGAUUUGGCACAUAUAAGUGAGAACUCGAACAUAGAAAACAUGCCAAAGUAAUAGGAAUUAAGGUACAUUAACACUUCAAACAUCAGAGGUGCUUCCAUUUCGCAUCACUAAAUUAUUUUAAUAUGAAUAGAAACGUUUGCUUUGACAUGCAGUCUGCAGACUUACUAACUUAUUAUAUACAAAACUAUAUUGCUAUCUAGCUAUUUUCGUCCACAUGGACUGACCCUGGUAAUCAAUAAACUACAAUGUUGCCUGGGUUGUAUCUCAAAAUGUUAUAAUUUAAAGGGAAAUAUUUUUCAGUUUUUCACUUAUACACAUUUUUUCGUUUUUAAAUCCAAUAAAAAUAAAAUUUUCAUUUUUACUCAAAUCUGUUUAAGGUAGAUACGUUAUAAAUUAUAAUUAAUAGUAAAACGAAACGUUUCUCAUAUUAGUUCAAUGCUUUAUUUUUGCGUGUCAAAUUUUGAGUACCCCUGAACUUUCGUUGCGUGGGUAUAUAAUACAGGGCGUUUGAAAAUCCAUUUUUUAAAUUAAUGUUUAUAUUAUUUUAAACUUUUUUAAUAAAACAAACUAUUCAUUAAAUUAUUCAAUUGAAAUUAUUAUAAAUUUAAAAAUAGUGAAGUUUCAUCGUAGUAAAUUGUUGUAGAUAUUACUUGGUUAUAUUUUAAUUUUACUACGUGUAAGCUUAAAUUAAUUUUAAUAGAAUUUAAUCAAAUAAAUAUUAUGUAAUGCCUAUUUUAUUAGUAAGUAGGUAUGUACCUAACUUAGCCUACCUAUUAUAUAGUUUGUACCUAAUGUACCUACAAACUAUUUAUUUAACCUGUAAAUUUAGAACACUAAAGGAUUUGCUAGGCAUUGAUGUAUUAAAUAUUGAUUGUCUUUGUGUAUAGAUUUGUUGAUUAUAGCGUGGCAAGCCGCAAGGGACAUAUUAUUGUCAAUCCAUUGUCGUGUUAUCAUAUUAUAUUUUAUUAUUUUUAUAAAUAAUAUUUUUUUUUUAUUCUUUUAUAAUAAAUAAUAAAUGUAUAUGUAUCUAAACAUUCUAAACCUAAUGCCCAAAAGUUUCGUUCAGGAUUUUUAGAGAUUGUAAAUAGUUUAGAAUCUAAGACUGUUAAAAAGGGUACUUACUACGAUCUAGUACCUAGUUAUUUUUAAAAACUAAUUUUAUCAUUUUUUUUCACAAUUUAUUGAUAGUUUUAAACGGGUAAAAAAAAUACUUAUAGUAUGGGUGGUAGCCAUAGCCUAUAGCCCAUAACCCAUAGGUACCUAUUUACCUAACCACUCGGACUCGUUUUGUAUACCUAAUAUGAUAAUUUAAUAUUUAUUAUUGCAUUAAAGCAUACUUUCCCAUUGUUAUUUAUUACAUAUUAUGUAAGAUUCAGUAAUCCACUAUUUUUCACUUGAUAUAGACAUAUAGUAUUCUGUUAACUAUUUAUAUUUAUUUUUUAUUAGAUUUUAGAUUUUUAGUACAAGACUACCUAUUACAGAUCAAAAAUAAAUUAUUCUACAUAAUA